AUGAAGUCGGCAUUUGUCAAGAGAACCGAAGGCUCGUUUUCCAGUACGCCAGAGGACGACGCAUCCCAUAAGCAUCCCCAUAAUUUAGACAUCGACAAGGGUGUGGACUCUGCAAGCCAAAAAAGGGAAACGAGACACGAGAAGUGGAGGGAUAGGCGCGCUAAUCUGCCGCUUUUCGUCGACGACAACGCCUUGCCAAGGAGGCUCGAGGCGCAAGCCAACCUGGCAGCCAGUGAAAAGGGAACUGCAAGAGACGCGAUCAGCGAACUGCGGCAAAAAAAUGGGAAAAAAGGGGGGGACAGCCAAGACGUAGGGCGCGUCGAGCGUUGA